AUCGAGUAGCGGCGACGCAAGGCGGAGAAGUUUCCGGUAGGUGUUUUUCCUUGGUUCUGAAUUACCUUGGCAACAGCUGAGGCGGGAGACAGGUGGUCUGCACCGUCCUGGAGGGCGAUCUGAGUGGCUGGACCGGGAUCAUUCGGGCUUUGGACCGGAGUGAGCUACCGAGAGGAGGCGGCGCCCCGUUCCUUGUUCCGAGGGGAUGGUAGAUUUGGGGGUUUUCUUCUAGGCUUCUCACGCCGUGUUCUCUGAUGAAACCAAGCACCAAAAAGGGAAAGUGACCUCAAAGUCACAGAAUAAUUUGUUAGAGCUAGACAAGAAUCCAAGCCUGCAACUGCAGAGACCAGAGAUCUUUCAGCUAUACUCUUGGGAAGCACAGCUUAAGAUCUUUGCAAAUUAUCCUGUAGAGGGAAAAUGCCUAAAGUCAAAAGAAGCCGGAAAGCACCCCCAGAUGGCUGGGAGUUGAUUGAGCCAACACUAGAUGAAUUAGAUCAAAAGAUGAGAGAAGCUGAAACAGAACCUCAUGAGGGAAAGAGGAAAGUGGAAUCUCUGUGGCCCAUCUUCAGGAUCCACCAUCAGAAAACCCGCUAUAUCUUUGACCUCUUUUACAAGCGGAAAGCCAUCAGCAGAGAACUCUACGAAUAUUGUAUCAAAGAAGGCUAUGCAGACAAAAACCUGAUCGCAAAAUGGAAAAAGCAAGGAUAUGAGAACUUGUGCUGCCUGCGGUGCAUUCAGACACGGGACACCAACUUUGGGACGAACUGCAUCUGCCGCGUACCCAAAAGCAAGCUGGAAGUGGGCCGCAUCAUCGAGUGCACACACUGCGGCUGCCGUGGCUGCUCUGGCUGAGGCUGGCGCUCUCUACCCUGGACUCUGGACUUCUCAGGUUCCUGCCUGUGGCGCCACCCACUUCCUGGGAGCAGUGCCCCAGGCCCGAGUUGGAGCACGGUCUCUACAGGGAAGACUUUGCUGCUCAUCAGCUGUGAUUUGUAAAAAUAAAACCUUUAAACCUCUCG